ACGCGACAACCUUGCGAACCGUGAGCCCAACCCUUUUUCUCCAACUCCCCAACACGACAUUGCCCCCUACCCACUUCCGCCGUCGUACAUAAGGCCCCGAAGCCUCGAUCGCACCCCUCGCGCCGUCAACCCAUUACCCCAGUGCAGCGCGAAGGACGCUCCGAUACCGCCAACAUGGGGCUCUCCAAAUCCACGCGCAUCAUGAUACUGCUCGCCAUCGACACGGCUUUCUUCUUCGUCGAGCUGAUUGCCGGAUAUACGGUGCACUCUUUGGCGCUGGUUGCCGACUCGUUCCACAUGUUGAACGAUGUCAUCUCGCUCCUUGUCGGCUUGUGGGCAGUCAAGGUGGCUAGCCAGAAGACAAACUCAAAGACAUACACAUACGGAUGGCAACGUGCGGAGACUCUAGGUGCUCUGAUCAACGGAGUCUUUCUAGUCGCGCUUUGUCUCUCUAUUUUCCUCGAAGCUAUCCAGCGAUUCGUUGAGCCACAGGAUGUUUCGCACCCCGUCGUCAUUCUUAUCGUCGGUUCUUGCGGUCUCGCAUCCAACAUCAUCGGUCUCUUCCUCUUCCACGAUCACGGCCACGGCCACGGCGGCCAUUCCCACGGACAUGACGCGCACUCACACGCUGAGGAGGGUCACUCUCAUGGUGUAGACGCGCAUGACCAUGCCGUCGCAGAUGAGAGCGGUAACAUCGCGGAUGUGCUGCCCCAGAACCGCGUCGGCUUCCCGUCAAACCUCACCCAAACACCCACCAAGUCCAACGGUGUGUCAUUCACAUCCGACGCAGACACACGCCGCUCGUCUACUCCUGGAAAGAAGAACAAACGCCACAGCCGAUCGCACUCGCGCAACUAUGCCACCAUCGACGAGAUCUACGUACACCCUUCGUCCUUCAGGAACAGCAUUAUCGAGUCUUCGCGCGCGCACGACGACGAGGCUGACGACGAGGACAAUAAUGUCAUAGAUGACGACGAGCCCACUGAGCAGACUUCGCUUCUAUCCAAGUCCAAGAGCCACGGCUCACACGACCACUCUCACGGAAAUGGCAAGACCAACAAGAAGGAUCAGCACAAGGGCCACAACCACAACCAGCCCAAGAAAGAGUCAUCCGCAGGUGGCCACGGUCAUUCUCACGCAGAUCUCAACAUGCGUGGUGUCUUCCUACACGUCAUGGGCGAUGCUCUUGGCAACAUUGGUGUCAUUGGCACUGCUCUGUUCAUCUGGCUCACCGACUUCUCCUGGAGGAUGUAUGCUGAUCCCGCUGUGUCUCUGCUCAUCACCGUCAUCAUCCUUCUGUCUGCUCUGCCCCUGUGCAAGGCUGCUUCUCGUAUCCUUCUGCAAGCCGUUCCGGAGAACCUUUCCAUCGACGACAUCACUGAGGACAUUACCGACCUUACCGGCAUCGUCUCUUGCCACCAUCUCCACGUCUGGCAGCUGUCAGACACGAAGCUUAUUGCAUCCCUGCACGUUCAGGUCGACUUUGACUUCAAGGGUGAGGGCUCGGCACGUUACAUGGACCUCGCACGCCAAAUCCGCGAAUGCCUCCACCAGUAUGGCAUUCACUCUUCUACCAUCCAGCCUGAGUUCUGCCUCGACGCCAGCCACGACCAUUCAGCCCAUGGCUCUGACGACAGCGGCGCGGAAGAUGGCGGUCGCGUCAGCAAGAACCCCAGCGUAAAGGGCGGCCCUGAUGCUUGUCUGCUAGAAUGCCCCGACAGCUGCGGUGGAGGAAAGCAAUGCUGCGACCCCAAUACUACCGGUCCCAUUGCGCCUUCUUCAUAA